AUGUCCCGGAAUGCACUCACGCAAGACUCAAUAUUGACAAUGGCGACAAUAAAGCCGGAGCAGGUCCGAGACCGCCAGGAAUCGAGUUCCCUCGCACGCUCUAAAGCGUCAAGAUGGAAUACCAAAGACCUAGGCAAGCGAGUUGGCGUCGAUGUCGCAAGCGCAGCAACAGCCGGCGCGCUGACCUGCCCGUUGAUCACGAUCAUCGACCGCGCAAUCAUGGAAAAAGCCUCCAAAGGCUUCCCAAUCAGCCAAACUAUCAACACCUGCCUCCGGUCAAUGGUCGCCCGACCUAGCGCUUUCUUCCUCGGCACCCCAUUCCUGCUCAUCUAUACCCUGUACACAUCGACUUACCUCACCGCAAACACAAUCGAUACCCUCAGAUCCAUGACCCAUAAUGAACAUUACAAUACCAUCGACACAGGUCUUCCCAAGUUCUUCGCUACUACAAUAGUCAACAUGGCAAUCUGCGUUUACAAAGAUGCGCGCUUCGCCAAAAUGUUCGGCGCUUCUCCCCCAUCUACGCAGAUUAGACCAACAAUAAACACAUCCCCAACGCGACAAUUCACACCCCGCGCACCGGUCCCAACGCCCGCUCUUCAAAUCCCCAAAACCUCCUACGCACUCUUCUGCCUCCGCGAUAGCAUCACAAUCUGGGCAUCCUUCAAUAUCCCCUCCCUACUCGCCCCCUCGGUCCCGGAUUUCAUUGCAUCAAGUCCGCAUAUGAAGGCUAGUCUGGCGCAAUUUGCUUGUCCCGCUGCUAUGCAGUUCGCUAGUACGCCCUUGCACCUCCUCGGUCUGGAUCUGUAUAACCGCCAGCCGGCUGGGGGUUUGCGCUGGACGGAGCGCCUGGCGAGGAUUCGGAGGGAUUAUGUGCCUAGCUGCUUUGCGCGCAUGGGGAAGAUCGUUCCGGCUUACGGUGUUGGUGGUGUUGUUAAUGUGCGGAUGAGGGAUUAUUUGAUGAGGAGGGUUGAGGGGAAUUGA